AUGUCUGACCGAAUAUUUUAUAUUCAAUCUAACUUGUCCGCUGUCCCCUGGGAGAGCAGAGCAGCAGCAGCAGUGCCUUCCACAUCUCCUCCUACACCUGCAUACUACCAUGUCCUCUACAGAGGAUGUGGAGAAACCCAGGUGGGCUGGCAUGGAGAGACAUACUGCCUGGUUGGUGGCUACCGGCUCUAUGGAGAUGUUCCCUUGGCCACUCCACCAAAGGCCAAAGCAGAAAAGCCAGCAGAGAAAGAGGCUCCCAAGAAACGCCGAGCUCCAACAGAGGCAGAAAAGUCCCUGGGUUGUCCCAGCCCCAAAAUUUGUACCAAGAGACCAAUGUCAAAGAAGCUGGCUGGCUGA